AUGAAAAACGGAGCCAGUCCUCUCCAUGUAGCUUGUCGAAACGGACAUGAUAGCACUGUGCAACUUUUACUGAGUAAUGGAGCAGACAUUAAUUUAUGCAUGAAAAACGGAGCCAGUCCUCUCCAUGUAGCUUGUCUAAACGGACAUGAUAGCACUGUGCAACUUUUACUGAGUAAUGGAGCAGACAUUAAUUUAUACAUUAAUUUAUGUGAGGAGGACGGCGCCAGUCCUCUGCAUAUAGCUUGUCAAAACGGACAUGAUAGCACUGUGCAACUUUUACUGAGUAAUGGAGCACACAUUAAUUUAUGCAUGAAAAACGGAGCCAGUCCUCUCCAUGUAGCUUGUCGAAACGGACAUGAUAGCACUGUGCAACUUUUACUGAGUAAUGGAGCAGACAUUAAUUUAUGUGAGGAGGAAGGCGUCAGUCUUCUCUAUAGAGCUUGUCAAAACGGACAUGAUAGCACUGUACAACUUUUACUGAAGAAUGGAGCGGACAUUAAAUUAUGCAAGAAAAACGGAGCCGGUCCUCUCUAUAUAGCUUGUCAAAACGGACAUGAUAGCACUGUGCAACUUUUACUGAGUAAUGGAGCAGACAUUAAUUUAUGCAUGAAAAACGGAGCCAGUCCUCUCCAUGUAGCUUGUCUAAACGGACAUGAUAGCACUGUACAAAUUUUACUGAAGAAUGGAGCGGACAUUAAUUUAUGUAAAGAGAACGGAGUCAGUCCUCUCUAUAUAGCUUGUGAAAACGGACAUGAUAGCACUGUACAACUUUUACUGAGUAAUGGAGCAGACAUUAAUUUAUGUAAAGAGAACGGAGCCGGUCCUCUCUAUAUAGCUUGUCAAAACGGACAUGAUAGCACUGUGCAACUUUUACUGAGUAAUGGAGCAGACAUUAAUUUAUGCAUGAAAAACGGAGUCAGUCCUCUCCAUGUAGCUUGUCUAAACGGACAUGAUAGCACUGUGCAACUUUUACUGAGUAAUGGAGCAGACAUUAAUUUAUGUGAGGAGGAAGGCGUCAGUCCUCUCUAUAGAGCUUGUCAAAACGGACAUGAUAGCACUGUACAACUUUUACUGAAGAAUGGAGCGGACAUUAAUUUAUGCAUGAAAAACGGAGCUAGUCCUCUCCAUGUAGCUUGUCUAAACGGACAUGAUAGCACUGUGCAACUUUUACUGAGUAAUGGAGCACACAUUAAUUUAUGCAUGAAAAACGGAGCCGGUCCACUCUAUAUAGCUUGUGAAAACGGACAUGAUAGCACUGUACAACUUUUACUGAGUAAUGGAGCAGACAUUAAUUUAUGUCAGGAGGACGGAGCCAGUCCUCUCUAUAUAGCUUGUGCAAACGGACAUGAUAGCACUGUGCAACUUUUACUGAGUAAUGGAGCACACAUUAAUUUAUGCAUGAAAAACGGAGCCGGUCCUCUCUAUAUAGCUUGUCAAAACGGACAUGAUAGCACUGUACAGCUUUUACUGAGUAAUGGAGCAGACAUUAAUUUAUGUCUAGAGAACAGAACCAGUCCUCUCUAUAUAGCUUGUCAAAACGGACAUGAUAGCACUGUACAACUUUUACUGAGUAAUGGAGCAGACAUUGAUUUAUGUAUGAAUGAUGGAGUCAGUAUUUUAUUUAUUGCUUUUGUUUGGAUACGUUACAAUAUUAUAAAUAAUUUACUCAAUAAUGGCGCAAACACUAGUCUGGCUUGCGGAUGGAAAGUCAAUCCCGCCUUGGUUGAUUGCUUUGAUAAACAAGACUGCACAGUGGUAUUUUUGAUGCAGAAAGACAACAUUUCAAAUAAUUUGUACAACCCGGAUUCAUAUUUUUCUCUUUUUGUAUCAUGUCAGGUGGAAAGAGUGACAAGAAUGAUAUUUUUAAAAAAAAAAGUGUAAAUGGUAUCAUACUAAUAUUAUAUUCAAAUUGUUUAAUA